AGGCAUGGAAAUUGGUCAUAGGAGGAAAAUAUCCAGGAGGCUGGGGUAUGAUUAGGAAAUGAGAGGAAAGUAAGAGCUCUUUCAGCUUCAACUUAAGGGAUGGUGUAGCUCAUGUAAAUCCAAGUUAUGAAGUUAAGUGAAUAUUUUCCAAAGACAAAGAAAAACUGUUGUAAUAGGAGGGGAGUAGUGUCUCUGAAAAAUGUCUUGUCAUUGUUUUCUGCACUCUGAACAGGACUCCAUGCCCAGGAACUGCAGAUGCCCAACAGCAGCUCCAUCAGCGAGUUCCUCCUGCUGGCGUUGGCAGACACGCGGCAGCUGCAGCUCCUGCACUUCUGGCUCUUGCUGGGCAUCUACCUGGCUGCCCUCCUGGGCAACGGCCUCAUCAGCACAGCCGUAGCCUGCCACCACCGCCUGCACACCCCCAUGGACUUCUUCCUCCUCAACCUCGCCCUCCUCGACCUGGGCUGCAUCUCCACCACUCUCCCCAAAGCCAUGGCUAAUGUCCGCCGGGACACCAGGACCAUCUCCUACUCAGGAUGUGUUGCCCAGACCUUUCUGUUUGUCUUUCUUUUUUCAGCAGAGUAUUGCAUUCUCACCAUCAUGUCCUAUGACCGCUACGUUGCCAUCUGCAAGCCCCUGCACUACGGGACCUUGAUGGACGGCAGAGCUUGUGCCACCAUGGCAGCAGCUGCCUGGGGCACUGGGGCUCUCUUUGCUCUGCUGCACACUGCCAAUACAUUUUCACUGCCUCUCUGCCAAGGCAGUGCCAUCAACCAGUUCUUCUGUGAAAUCCCCCACAUUCUCAAGCUCUCCUGCUCAGAAUCAGACUACCUCAGGGAAAUUGGCUUUAUUGUGUUUAGUGUUCUUGCCGUAAUUGUGUGUUUUGUUUUCAUUGUUGUGUCCUAUGUGCAGAUUUUCAGGGCUGUGCUGAGGAUGCCCUCUGAGCAGGGAUGGCACAGAGCCUUCCCCACGUGCCUCCCUCACAUGGCCGUGGUCUCCCUCUUUGUCAGCACUGACUUUUUGGCCUACCUGAAGCCCCCCUCCAUCUCCUCCUCAUCCUUGGACCUGGUGGUGUCAUUUCUGUAUUCGGUGCUGCCUCCCACACUGAACCCCCUCAUCUACAGCAUGAGGAACCAGGAGCUCAAGGAUGCCGUGAGGAAAAUGAUAUCAUGGACAAAUUUCAUCAGGGAUCGUCUUCUCAUCUGUCUCAACAAAUGA